AUGGAAUGCUCUAUCCGCAAGUGCUCUGCAGCCAUCAGCGUCCAGGAGGGUCAAGAAGUAAAAUUGUUCGACGGAAUGCCUGUUUGCGAGAAGUGCGAUGCCUUCUUGCAUGCACCCCUCCCGACCUUCACUAGAAAAACAGAGUCUGUGAAGAAGCCAUACGAAGAGUCCGAGGCUUAUAAGAAAGAAGUCAUUCACGACGGACGAGCUCUUUUGGAUUACCCAGCGCAUCUGCCGUUCCCAAAGCAGGGCCACGGGGUCAGGCGAAUUCAAGUCCCCGACAAGGAGGGUGGUAUGCGGUACAAGUACAUCACCCGCCGCGUCGAAUCCAAGAAGUAA